UUUGUUGUGUUUCAGAGAUCCAAAAUGACAUCAUUUCCAAGGCUUUUGGUCCAGAGUCCGAUUUCCAGAGAUAUCACCAUCUACCAAUUAAGGAAAAUGGCCCAGGAAAGGGGCUCCAAAGGAUUCUUGGCCCAGGAAAUGACUGGGAAAGACAGGUUCCUGCCUGAACUUCCACAAAAGGGCAACAGACCAACCCAGAAUCUGAAAGUCUUGCAGGUCAGGAGACCAAUAGGGCUGACCUGGAAGCAGUGGAAGGGCACGGAGAGGGCACACCUGAUAAGCAUGAAGGGAGAAUUCUCAGAGACCCCACAACCGGUCCAGAGCAAGAAGACCCCCAAAUUUCAAAAACAAAGAGAGAUUAUCCUAGAGGACAAUCUAAAGGACAAGUUGCAGGAGAGGAUGGACAAUUUGAGAGGAAAGGACGAUACUGUUAAAAAAGAAUAUUUAAAUGAAAUAUUUGAUUCAGAAAAACAGGAAAAGUCACAGAAGAAUGAUAAAGACAACAGAUCAGUGAUCAAGGAGGACAUCUCUACAAUUUCUGCAGAUAAUAUUCCAUCCAACUUCUUUGGAGAGAUGUCAACCAAUUCAUCCUCCAGCACUUAUCUCUUUAAGCAGCUGUCUGAUGGGGAAAUAAAGAUCAUUGAAGACAGCCUAUGUGGCACAAUAACAAUGGUUGAGCUUAAUGACCUGUCGGAGAGUAUAGUGGCAUGGGUGGUGGUGUCUAUUUCCAGGACGCUACUCCCAGCCAUCUCUCUGUAUGAAGAGAGAAGCAGAAGUCUGUCUCAGAGCUCCUUCCAGUCCCAGGUGCAUAUCAGCACCAACGAGGAGACCCUGCAGGCUACGCUCAGCUCUCACUCCCUGAGCAGAACUGGCUCCCAUUGCUCAGUGCAGGUCCAGAGGAAGAGCAGUGGCUUCAUAUGUGGGAGAAGCAGGACCUCCACUCCCUUUGCUUCACCAUGCUCAUCCUUGACUUCCCUGGAGAAUUACGCAGAGGAAGAGAGAGGCAAUGAUGCACCCAGCCACAUAAAAACUGGCACACCCUCACCCAAACUGGUGGAUACUGAAGGAAGGGAAAAGAUUGAGGAAGAUAGCUCUGAACCUCUAAAGAAACUGUUUGGAAUCCCUAAUUCUACCAUAAUCAAAAAUGCAGACUGUAUAGUACAAGAUGUUAUAGGUAGAGCACUCAUUGAAAUACAACAUCCUGCCCCCCAGGAAGAACCAUGGCAUUCUCAUGUCAGAAGCCUUAUACCUUCCUCUAGGUCCAGUAAUCUAGCAUCUAAAAUUCUAGAUGAUGUCCUUGAGUGUGUCAAUUCUGCCUUAUCAACAAGCAUACAACAAAAUUCCACCAAGAGGCCAGCAAAUGGUGUGCCAGACCAUCUGGAGACCCAGGAGGUGGAAUCCACAGACUCCCAGGUUGCCAGGAGGAUCUUACAGCUUGUUUCUGAGAAACUUGAGCCUUGUUUCACUGACACCGUUGAAGCAGUGACUCAGGAGGAAAUGGAGUCUGAGUUAGGAAUCGUGGCAUCGGAAAUCAUCAAUGCUGUCUUAGAAGAGAUCAAGACAGUUAAAGACAGGCAAAGGGUUAGUGAGUUAACUCCUGAUGUUCCGCAAAACAGAGAAAUGGUUACAUCCAUUGGAAGUUCUGUGACCAGGAGCAGCUCCUUUCAGCUUGUGCCACUCAAGCACAUUGAGACUGUAGAGGAAGUCUUUCCCAAGCAAGAAACAGAAGCUAAAUGUUUUCUGACUUGUGAUAUAAAUCCUCGAUCUUUUGAGUCACCAGUGGGAACCAAAAGAGUACUCAGGGAAAAUGUAAUGGGAAUCUCGGAAUCUGAGAUCAAUAAUACUCCUAAGCAGCUAGUUAAAAGGGAAGUUAGACCUGUUGCUAAGUGUUUAGCUGAUAGACACAAAUCAGAAUCUCGGGGGAGAGCAACGCUGUUAGUAAGUCAAGUUAUGAUGAGAGCUGCAGCAAAGCUCAAGUCUUUUAAUCCCUCUGAUCUUUUGGAGACUUCAGUCAGCAUUACUGGUGAAGCAGCUUUACUGACAGCACUGGAUAUGCCAAAACAUUCCCAGAGGACAGUGUCCUUAGGCUCAUCCAGUUUUUAUCUGGAAGUCAAUGCAGCAGCUUCUGGUCUUGUUGAUGCUAUUCUUGAAAAACUUCAGCGUGCGGCCGCCACUGAAAAGCACAAGGAUACAAAGGAAGCCUGCAACUCAGAUUUCCCACCAGAAUUUGAAACAGCAGUUUCAUCUAGGCAGGUUCAUUCAGUAAAUGAAGAUGUCUUUAAAACUGUGAUGACUAAACUAAAACAUUUUUUUAGUCAGGACACUCUGAUUGCAUUCAGUGCAGCAAAACGUUCACCUGACAAACAAGAUAAAUUAGAUGGCCCCCUGAAACAUUUUCCUACUUUAAAACGAGUUCUACCACAGACUAACUCCAGUGAACCUUAUUCUUUCAAGGAGAGCCACUUGAUGCAAAAAUCCGUUCUUCCUAUAUGUCCCAAUGCCUCAGAGCAUUUGGGUGUGUUAAGAGAUAUCAGUUCGUUGAGACCUAUCCUGAAAAGUCAGGAUAUUCAGUUAAUGGUGAAAACCUGUGCCCAGGACAUUGUCUGCCAGCUAAUGCAGACCAUCAAGAGUGAGAUGAAUAGGGUGGAAACAAUGAGAGCUACGCUCUCAGAGGAAUCCUUGCUGGCAAGUUUACAGGUAGAUACUAUUAUAAUACGAAUUGAGACUGUUAAAGUAUCAGAGCUGAACCUGUCUCUCAAUACCAAAGAGUCUGAGAAAGACAGAAAGGCAGAUGAAGAAGCAGUUGUCCGUAAGAAAAUAUGCUCUCGUCAGCAUGUUCAAACUGUCAAUGCACCUGCAACAGUAUUCCCUUCUCACAUGGGUCAGGUCGAGUACUGUAGCCGCAAUAUUCCUGGACAAACGCCAUCUAGUAUCUUCCCCAAGCUUCCAAGUCGAAUGAGUCUUGUAGCGAAACAGGGAGACACAGUGGCAUCUGAGAGCAGACAGCUGAGCCAAGCCCUGGUUUGGAAGGAACUCUCUACUUCACUUGAUCUGAUCAAGGAAUCACCCUCCAAUGGAACAUUGAGGGAACCAGAGAGAGCAAGAGCUGCCAGUGUUGAGGAAGGAGACCACUCCCUCACCUCACCAACCUGUGCGACUCCUGCUGGAACUAUCCAGGCAGCAAUUUCAUUGUCCAACAUUGAUUUUAUUGCCAUGAAAAUUGUCGAUAGAAUAGUGACUAGAUUUGAAUUAUUGGCAUGUGCAGAAGAUCAAUGUAAUCAUGCCACUAACAAAGACACAAGUGAGUGUGAUGUAACUCCCACCUCUAAGAGCCGAGCUCAUGAGUCAGUUGGGAGGAUUCACAAGGUGUCCCAUGGACUUCAGGACCCGGGGGCAAAUGUCUCGCUACUUCAGACAGGAGGGCCAGAAGAACGGGGCUGUUCAAACAGCUCCAUUGCAGUGGCUCCCACAAUGAACGCUGCUGGGAAGACACUGGGAGGGAUUCUCACCAGUAGCAUACCCAGUCUGUUUUCAGAGGAACUGAUCGAUACUGUUUCAAAAGUGAUUUCGGAGUCAAGCAUCACAAAAAAGUCAGAUAGCAAUCCCAACUCUGAAACAGCAGACAAGAAUUUGAAAACGUCUGUGUUUUCUAUUCAGUUUCUGAUUCUGUACGCUGAAAGAUCGGUGAGAAAGCUUUUGGAACUGGGUCUGACUUUCCCAGGUUCUCAAUCGAGAGAAUCAGAGGAACAUGAUGUUUUUGGUGCUCCACAUGUGUUUAAUAAGACAUUCUAUACCGUUGAACAAAAAGACAAAGAGUCUGUGACGAAUUCAGGACAUGGCCUAGAGAAGAGGAAUCACAGUUCACAGAUACAUAAUGAUGCAUUGGACCUGCUCACCAGAGCUCUGGUACAAUUCGUCAUCAAAGUUUUGUUUGCCAGCUAUGAUUUGCCAUUAGAGCCCAACAAUAGUGACAGUGAAGGGAUUGCCAGGAGUGUCUCUGUGGAAAGCACACAGGAGACCCUGGAAGAAAAAGUGAUUCUGGAUUGUGACACGAAAAGAUUCUCCAAGGGGAACGUUCCUGGCUCUGACAACACUGCUCAUUCCCUGCACACGGAAGAAAGAAAAAUAGAUGGGAAACUUACCCAAACAACAAGAGGAAGACCUUUAAUAACCUACGGGGUUCUGCCGCCAAUAAAAGAGAGACCACGUCAGGGGCAGCCAAGCAGCAAGGAUGAGCCUGGACAACAGACAGUGGGUGAACUCCAGACUGAGGAAGGAAUGUCCCCCGGAGAGAGACCGUGGAACAAAAAACAGGAACCUCCUGCAAAAGGUAACAGAGGAGCCACUCUGGAGCCUAUGAGGAGACCAGAAGCUAAGCCAGCUGAUGUGUCUUUAGAACAGCAGGUUGUUGAACCUGUUUCUUCAGCAGGGCAGAAUACAAAAACCACAACUUCUACAGUAAAAUCAGCAGACUCGUUUGUCACUGUGUUGAGCUUUGAAACUCUAUACGUUUUAAGUAUGCAUCUAUCAAAAGUGUAUUUAAGGAAAAUUAUGUUUUAA